AUGAUAUGCCUAAUGACGUCAAGGGCGGCACGCGUGUGCGCGCGAUAUUAUACAUGCAUAAUAUGCGCACGAAAUACAACGUGUGAAUCGGAGCCUAUAUAAUGCACACGCCACAGUCAAAGGAUGUGUGUGCUGCAGCGCGCGCGCAAUGUGUAAUGUAAUUUCCCCGAAGACACAAUGCGGAAUUGAUAAGCCACGCAGUGGCUGGCGAAGACGUGCUCAUCUCGCCAGCUCCUUUGAUUAUUGUCGCUGAUUGCGCGCGGAUCGAUGAUGCGAUGGAAUUAUAAAUUCCGGCUUCGCGCUCCUGGCGAUGUGCAGUGCAGUUUUUCAAGACCAAAGUGAAAGUCGGCGCUAAUAAAGGCAAAUUCGAAUCAUGGCAGGUUUGAGAUACUUGGUUGCGUGUCUGGCUGCAUUAUCCACGAUUGCCACGACAUCGGCUCUCGAUCCCAACGCGUUUCUGCGCAUGGACGCGGUCCUUGCCGAUCCGGCCUUAUUCCAGACUUAUCUGAGCUGCUUUGUGGACGAAGGUGAAUGCCCACCCGAUGGUCAAAUGUUGAAAAAACUUUUACCCGAGCUCAUCGCGACGAGAUGCAACAAAUGUACCGAGAACGAGAGAAGAACGGCCUGCAACGCCAUUAUGAUGCUGGAGCAGCCUCAGUACGCGAGAGAAUGGCAAAAACUUCAGCAGAUUUACGAUCCUCGUGGCGUCAAUUACGCUUAUCUCAAUAGAUUUAAGAGCGCUUGCGCCAGUAUGGAUUACGCUUGAAUUGCCUUUGACGCUAAGUGGAAACAAUCGAUUUUGUAAAUGAUCCAAUAGUUGAAAUUAUUGAAAUUAAAACAUCGAUAAAACCCUA